AUGGUGUCCAAAAUUGCGAAGAGAACCCCCACAAAAUCCAUCAAGAACAGGAGAAACAUCGCCCAGCAGUGCCGCCGUGGCCGGAAGAAGUCUCCGAUCAAGAAUGCCUCUGCCACGGCCUCCGCGGUGGUUGCUUCCAUCAACAAGUCCAUUUAUACUUGCCAACGCCGCCUUAUCAAGAUUUUCACAAAAUUAGCUCGCAUUGCCACCCCGAAGAAGACCCCACAUAAGAAAGGGUACCAAUUCCUUCAAAAAGUCCAUGCGGACCCGCCAAAUUCUACCCGCAGAUCACUGUUUCAUGAAAAGAUUCCUCUACCUCCGUUGCUUUCGCCUGAGAAGAAGACUAUUUUUCUCGACUUAGACGAAACCUUGGUGCAUUCCAAGCCAAACCCACCUCCUGAGAAGUACGAUUUCAUUGUUAGGCCAGUGCUUGAUGGAGAAAAGGUCGAAUUCUAUGUGUUGAAGAGGCCAUUUGUAGAUGAAUUUUUGGAAUUUUUGAGCCAGAGAUUUGAGAUCGUGGUGUUCACUGCUGGAAUUGAGGAGUAUGCCUCGCUCGUGCUCGAUAGGUUGGACUGGAGAUCCCGGAUAUCAUAUCGACUGUACCGGGAUUCGUGCAAAGAAGUUGAUGGGAAAUUUGUGAAGGAUUUGUCUGAGAUUGGGAGGGAUCUCGGGAGGGUGGCCAUCGUUGAUGACAAUCCGAAUUCAUACAUGUUUCAGACGGAUAAUGCCAUUCCUAUUCGACCCUUUGUCGAUGAUCUAGGAGAUGGAGAAUUGAAGAAGUUGAUUAAAUUCUUUGAAGGACGCGAUUCAAUUGAGGACAUGAGGGAUGUUGUGAAGGUUUAUCUUGCUGAUCAAGAAGGGGAAAAGAAGGUGGAAGUUUAG